AUGUCUACCCCGAACCAGUACGUGCUCGCAGCGGACAACUCCCCGUCUUUGCUCCCCCUCCUUCGAUCGAACCCCUCGUUGGCCUCCGCCCAGGACGCGCAUGGGUACUCUCUGCUGCACGCUGCCGCAUCUUACGGGCAUUUGGACUUACUUCGCUCCCUAGUCCGUGAAUUCCAUGUCGACAUCAAUCUUACCGACGAGGAUGGAGAUACAUGUCUUUUCGUUGCCGAAACGGUAGAGCUUGCCCGCUGCUUGGUUGAGGAGCUAGGGAUUGACAAGACGUUGAAAAAUGAUGAAGGAUUGACUGCAGAAGAGGCGAUCUCCAGCGACGGAUCCUUUCCAGAUGUUGCGGCUUAUCUACGAGGCACGCCUGUGAGCACCAUCGGUGAUAGCGUCACCCGUCCUGGCCCGUCUCUACCACCAAACGUCACGGUGAAUUUCGGCACGAUGACCGAGAGUGCCGCCAACGGGAAUGAUAUGCCAGAUCCAGAGUUUAAGCGGAGGAUAGAUGAGCUCGCCUCAAGGGAAAAUUUCCACAGCGAAGAGAACCAACGGGAAUUACGCGACCUCGUCACCGCGGCAAUACGGGGCGUCAAUGCGGAAACCCAACAAAAAGACGUUCGCCGACGGUUGGAUUGA